ACCUCCUCUUCCAUGUUGCUCGUUGCCCUGAUACAGGAUGAGGCUUCCGGCCAUGUGGGAAUUUCUCCUAAUAGUGGCUCACGGUUGAAUCUGCACAUUGGCAAGGAUGUUUGAGCAGCAUCCCAAGCAAGCAGGAGAAGAAGCCUCAUAGGAGACGAAAACUCAACCUACGCAGCCUUCAGGAUCCUUGCACAGCCGGUGGAGUAGCUCAAACUUUGCAGCGUGAGUGACAAACUCUGUCUUCUUCUGAGAGGAUGUUGAGCUCACAUGUUUGUCUUCGGUAAAAAAAAAAGAAACAGCUUUGACGACAUCUUCACUUGAUUAUCAGAGCUGAGGACGAGCAGCCGCUUCCAGUAAUUCACCCUCCUGUUAAAAGGGUCUGAACAGUACCAACGAGGCUUCUGAGCUGCUUUGUCACAUGGACAUUGACACUAAACAGCUGUUGCAUUUACCAUCUCGCCUCAGGAAGAGACCGCACUGUUUAGGAGCUAUACCUACAAGAUGAUGCUGAAAAACUUGUUUGCAUCAAAGCGCCUCGUACUUAGCAACUGAUGAGGAUGAGAGACGGUGUGAUGACCUACCUGUAUUUGACAAGUGUGUUUUUCACCUCGUUGGAGAGAGGAGCACAGAGGAAAAAAGUCAGCGAGAGGGAACAGGGGAGGGGAAGAGAGAGCCAGCAAGGGAAGGUGUGAAGCAAAAACGCUGUGAGAGGGAAACAGAGCUACAGAAAGAGAAAGGCGUAAAGAGCUGAGAAAAAUACAAGGAGUGGGGAACUGAGAGAACUCUGCUGGACUGAAGGAGUAAAAGAAAAAACAGCGCAUCAAAGAACUGGCCAAAUGCCCGUUUAAAGCUGGAGGAUCGUGUUUUGUUGAAAGAGCCACAAGAGAAAAACUCUUAACUCUACGUGGAGUCACAGAGCACCACUUCAACACAGACAGAUAACACAGCACCAUGGAUGUAGAUCCUCCAAACAGCACUUUUGGUAACACGUCACAUGUCCAUGUUGCUCCCCACAGCCUUUGGGAGGCUAUCACCAUAGCUACAGUGUCUGCCAUUGUCAGCUUGAUAACUAUUGUUGGUAACGUGCUGGUCCUGCUGUCUUUCAAAGUCAACAGCCAACUGAAGACUGUCAACAACUACUACCUACUGAGUUUGGCGUUUGCUGACCUCAUCAUAGGUGUGCUGUCCAUGAACUUGUACACCACAUACAUACUGAUGGGUUACUGGUCCUUGGGGAACCUUGCAUGUGAUCUCUGGCUAGCAGUGGAUUAUGUAGCCAGCAAUGCUUCAGUUAUGAACUUACUUGUCAUCAGCUUUGACAGAUACUUCUCCAUUACAAGACCACUGACUUACAGGGCAAAGAGAACUCCAAAGAGAGCUGCUAUAAUGAUAGGCCUUGCAUGGCUGGUGUCUUUUAUCCUCUGGGCGCCACCUAUUCUCUGCUGGCAGUACUUUGUAGGAGAAAGAAAAGACUCUCCGGACGAGUGCCAAAUCCAGUUUUUAACGGAGCCGGUGAUCACAUUUGGGACAGCCAUUGCUGCCUUCUAUAUCCCAGUCUCUGUUAUGACCAUCCUUUACUGCAGGAUCUACAAGGAGACUCAGAAACGGACAAAGGAUCUGGCAGAGCUGCAAGGGCUCACAACAGAUAAUGUUCCAGAGGGGACGAAACCACAGAAAACGAUAAUUCACUCAUGCUUUCAUUUCACCAGAGAGAGAAGAGACCGGAGUCAGGCCUCCUGGUCCUCAUCAAACCAAAGUAACGCCACCAAAACUACCACUAGGUCAGAUGACGCAUGGGCAAAAGCAGACCAGAUCACCUCUUUUAACAGCGACACCUCCUCAGAAGAGGAGGAGCAUCAUGUUUCAAUAGAAACCCCACAGGGCUCUUUCAAAGAUCAAGAUAGUGGACAGAGUAAUAAAAACGGGCAGGUAACUGAUUAUACAGAAGAUCAGUUUUUUUCCACUCCUCCAAAGAAGAACAGCAAAAAGUGCAUCUCAUAUAAGUUCAAACCAGGCUCAAAGGGUAAAAACGCCAAUCCUACAACUGCGUCCCCCUGCCCACCUGAAGCAGAGCAGCCCGCCAAAAACGCCUCCCCUUCCUCCUCCACCACCUCCAAACCUAUGGACCCCGCUAUUAAGAGCCAGAUCACCAAGAGGAAGAGAAUGGUGCUGGUGAAGGAGAAGAAGGCAGCCCAGACCCUCAGUGCCAUCCUCCUGGCCUUCAUCCUCACAUGGACGCCGUACAACAUCAUGGUGCUCAUCUCGACCUUCUGCGCCAAGUGCAUCCCUCCAACCCUCUGGCACCUGGGCUACUGGCUGUGCUAUGUCAACAGCACCAUCAACCCCAUGUGCUACGCCCUCUGCAACAAGACCUUCCAGAAGACCUUCCGCAUGCUUCUGCUCUGCCAGUGGAGGAGGAGGAGGAGAGGCGAGGACAAGCUGUACUGGUGUGGACAGAACCCAAAUGUCAACAAUAAAAUGACUUGAUGUGGCACUGCAAUAUUAUUGCAGCUUUUGCCCACUUGUGAAUUUUCUUGAUCUACUGUAUAGUUAGUGGUCAUCUUCAGCAUGAAGUGCUGCAUGUGAUUUUUGUGUUAAAGUACAUGUUAGUGGAAAAUGAGCUGAGCCUGACACAGCACUUAAACUGCUGUUCCAGAUUAUUACAGAAAAGAAAACCUUGUCUGAAUCUCAUGAUAUGGAGCUCAGAGUGUGCCACCAGAAAACAGUUUAAUCACAGUACAUUAAUACAUAGAUUAAUUUUUAAAAAAGGUAUUAUGAAUUAAUGAAUUACAUUUUUAUUGAAAUGUUGCAAAAAAAA